CACGCGCAGAAGAAUUUCAAAAAAAGGUGGCCCACUCUCCUUUCCUUGUCCCAGUUCGAGUUAACCCAACCCAACCGUGUCAAUUCUCUCUCUACCUGACAACUAGGAACGUUUGAGCAUUUGACCUCUUACUACUUUUCUUCCCCCCCAAAGCCUCAAGCUCCAUCCCGUCACCACUACAUAACCGCAAUCUUUCUUCAACCAAAACUCUGGUACUUUCAUUACUAUUAGGGUUAAUUACUGCCAUUGACUUUUUUCUUAUUCUAUCACAGUCUUUGCCACUUAUUUUCCCCCAUCUAUUUUUUUUCCCUCUAGGAUACAAAUUUCUUCGUACGUUAAAAACUCCCAUUAAUUCGACCUUUGGCCCCGGCAGCGCGGAUCGCAGAAAAAAAAGUUUAGAACCUGGUUCGCGAUACUUUUCCCCCUGCGCAUCAACGUCAACUCCUUCCGAUACUCUACUCAUAUUCAUCAUAAUCACUCGACGAUCUACCUUCGAUGACCGCCUGUCCGCAUUCCAUGCCGUCCUCUACUUAAUCUUGGCGAACUGAAGACAUCAACUCACGCGUCUCAACGCGCUCUUUACCAUCUCGUACCCGAUUUUGUGUGCCUCGAGCUGACUUAAUACUCUUACCUCUUAUACAGAGCCGCCAUCAUGUCGACCUUUGGCGGGUUCGGCAGUGGUAGUGGCGGCUUCGGCAGCAACGCCAACAGCACCCCAGGUGGUGGGUUUGGUGGUUUCGGCGCCAACAAUAACACUCCAAGCAAUACCGGCUUCGGCGCGAACAAUAAUACCGGUGGCUUCGGUACUUCCAGCAACACUGGAGGCGGCCUGUUCGGCUCUGGGAACACGUCUGGCUUCGGUGGAAACACCGGUGCCUUCGGGUCAACGAGCAACACGGGCGGAUUUGGUGCUGCAAAACCAGCCUUCGGGGGCACAACGACGAGUGGUGGCUUGUUCGGCGGCUCUACCACUACGACCUCAGGCGGUUUUGGUGGUGGCUUCGGAGCUACGAAUAACGCAUCGACCUCGAGCCCUUUUGGUGGUGGUGCCGGUGGUGCCAGUAGUACAUCUAUGUUUGGUAGCAGCAAUGCUAAUAAGCCGGCUUUCGGAGCAUCAAACACCGGCACGACCGGUGGCGGGCUCUUUGGAUCUGGGUCCACCACCAACGCCGGCACAUCGGCAGGUUUUGGAAGUGCAUUCGGUGCUGGAUCGAGCGCCCCUGCCAGCACGGCUUUAGGGCCAGUUGGCGAUCCUCCCGGUACCGCUAAUAUUACCAACUUCCAGCCCCUUGUCGAAAAGGAAAGCCCUACGAGCUCUGCGCAGAAUUCUUUCCAGAACAUUCUAUUUCUAGAUCCGUACAAGAAGUGGUCCUCUGAAGAGUUGAGACUUGCCGACUAUGUAGCUGGUCGCCGCUUCGGUGGUACAUCUGGUGCUGGAACGUUUGGCGUUGGUUCUAGUUUCGGCGGAUUUGGCUCAAACAAUCAGCCAUCCAACGCAUUUGGCGCUUCCAAUACCACGACGAACACCACCGGUGGCCUAUUCGGUAGCACUCCUGCAACUUCUAGUGCCUUCGGGCAGACCAACUCCAACGCAGGUGGAUUCGGCACAGCAGGAGCUGCCGGUGGAGGUAUGUUCGGGAACAAGCCGGCGACAACUGGUGGGUUAUUCGGUACUUCCACAUCAACUCAGCCAGCCCAGCCAGCUCAAUCUGGCGGUCUGUUUGGUUCUGGAAACACCGGCUUCGGCAACACUGGAAACACCGGCACUGGUUUUGGAGCUACAAACACCAACGCAAAUACGGGAAGCUCAUUAUUCGGAAGUGCCAACAAUCAACAGAAGACAGGUUUCAGCUUCGGCAAUACGAAUAGCAGCAACACCAAUGCCACGGGCGGCUUCGGAGGCAAUACAGGUGGAUUUGGCAGCACUAAUACAGGUGGUGGCGGUGGUCUCUUCGGUGCAGCUAAUAAUACCAACCAAAACACCAGUGGCGGUAUGUUUAGUAACGCGAAUCCCCAACAGAACACUGGAGGCGUGUUUGGCGGCAGUGGUGCCGGUGCCGGCGGUUUCGGAGCUCAAAAUCAGCAACAGCAAACGGGGUCUCUGUUUAGCAAUGCCCAGCAAAAACCUGCGGGAGGGUUAUUUGGAAAUACCACCAACACUACCGGAACUGGCGGUGGUCUGUUUGGCGGCUCGACAAGUACCCCUAGCGGCUUUGGCCAAGCACCUAAUAACCAGGCAGGGGGUCUUUUUGGCAGCAAACCCGCUACCGGUACUGGAAUGUUUGGCAACGCCGGUACACCUCAAAACAACAAUACUGGUGGCGGGGUGUUUGGAGGGCUGAACCAGAAUAACCAGAAUCAGCAGCAACAGCCACAACAAAAUGGUGGCAUGUUCGGCUCCCUUGGUCAAAACCAGCAAAAGUCUUCUUUAUUUGGGAGCACCAAUCAAGCCCCUAGCGGUGGUCUUUUUGGGAGCCAGAAUAAUCAACAACAGGGAUCGUCAUUCUUUGGAUCUUCAACCGCGCAGCAGCAACCCCAGAAUAACACGAUGGGAAGCUCCUUGUUUGGAAGCUCACAAGCAAACCAGUCCAGUCCAUCAUUAACUGCGAGCAUUAACGACCCAACUGCAUAUGGAUCUCUGUUCGCCAACCUCGGGAGCAAUGAGGUUGCCGACCCAGGUCCUCUUGCUACCCCCUCAAACAGGAAACAGUCUAGGCGGCCUUCCAUCCUCCCGCUUUAUAAGUUGAACCCAGCGUCAGCUUCUCGAUUCGUAACACCCCAGAAGCGUGGAUUCGGCUUCUCCUACAGCACUUACGGAACUCCGAAUAGCCCUUCGAGCGCCUCAAGCACCCCGGGCGCCUUGUCGCAGAGCUUACUGAAUGGCAGUCUGUCUCGCAGCACUGGUAGUUCACUUGCUAAGAGUGUUUCCACAAGCAAUCUGCGACGUAAUUUCAAUAUCGAAGACAGCCUCUUAGCACCCGGUGCAUUUUCCGCCAGCUCAGGGCCUCGAUUUUACGGGAACAAUGGUGUCAAGAAACUUGUCAUUAACAAGGAUUUACGGAGUGACUUGUUCUCCAGUCCCAGCAAAGACAGGCCUUCUCCUGAGACACCGAAUAGUUCUCGAAAGCUGACGAAGCGUGUCAGCUUUGAUACGACCAACGUUGAGACAAUCGAGGACGGGGAAACAGCGAACGGCUCGGUUAACUCUACACCCACUGCAGAGCAACUUGGCUACGUUCGACCCAAGGCUAGUACUAAUGGAAUCAACGGCUCUAAAUCAAGUUCAAACCCCGAGAUGGAACAAGUGAAGGGCAAUGAACUGGCCGUUGUACAUGAAGAGGAAAUCGGCUCACCACCGCCCCGAAUCUCGUCGGCUGCCCCCACGGACGGCGAAGCUGGCGACUAUUGGAUGUCUCCAACUAAGGAGGAGAUCCAAAACAUGAACCGCGUCCAGCGCCAGAAAGUAUCUGACUUUACUGUCGGGCGUGAGAGCGUCGGCUACGUCAAAUUCAAGGUACCAGUUGACUUGAACUCAGUCGACAUUGACAACAUAUUCCACAAUAUCGUUAUUCUGGAACCUCGAAGCGCAACUGUUUACCCCAAUGCCGCUAAAAAGCCUCCAGUUGGUAAGGGAUUAAAUGUGCCUGCCGUAAUCAGUCUCGAAAAUUCAUGGCCUCGUGCCUCGCGUAAGGGAAAGUCGAUCUCGGUUACUAAGCACGUCGAGCGUCUCAAACGGAUCCCAGACACCAAACUCGAGAAUUACAAUGCGGAAACCGGCGAGUGGACUUUCUCCGUUGAACAUUUCACCACUUACGGUCUUGAAGAGUCUGAUGAUGAAGACGUUAAGCCUGCACCCUCCCAAGGCCCAUCAACUCACACGUCAAACCAGAAAGAAUCAAGGUCUCCAUCGGCUGACUCGCGCGAUGCUGCCUCUGACGCUAGUGGUGCUUUUGAGGGCAGACGAAGUUAUGCAGUGCUUCCAGGGGCCUUUGAUCACGAGGAUGACUCUUACCCUAGCAACGAAGCAGAGAUGGCAGAGGCUACUCAAUCUCGACCGUCUUUUUUAGCUAGUCGCUCCGCGGGUUCGCCGUCCAAUGCGCUUGUCCCUAUGGACCAAGAUGACACGGACGAUGAAUAUGCGAUGUCUGAGGCACAUGAAGAUGCGAGUGCUUCCCUCGGACGCCAUCCCGCCGCGGAGCCAGAAGAUAACUCGUUUGAUGGGUCACAAGUUGAUGCUGUACAGGAAACCCCUGCUGGUAUUAUGAGAGCACGAAUGCGCGCAAUCAAGGGCUCGUCAACACCAAUGAAAGUUCAAGUCGCAUCCGGAGAUGAUUGGAUGGAUAUGCUUAGCAAGACUAUCAGUCCUCAGAAACGGGAUCGCGCACUUCUGAGAACUAUGAAUGAGGCUGACAAUUACCGUUCGACAAACGAAUCUCGCGGUAAAUCUCCCACGAAGAAACAGAUCGUGUCGGAUAGUCGGGGUUUUGCAACAAGCAUUGAUCUGAUGAAUUCAUUAUUUGAAAAGGCCCGAACCCCUGUUGAGAAUCUCCAAGCUUCAGUUCGGCCAAAGGGCGUCAAGUGGCCAUACAAGCGACUUACAAAGCAUCUUGAUGAUAGUGAGAUGGAUGAAAAGGAUCGGGUAUGGCACGAUACGAUGCGGCCUACCUGGGGUCCAAACGGUACCCUUGUAUUCUCUGCUACCCCAAGCAAUACAGCAUUCGGCAGGUCAGGUCGUCUUUCCGAGAAGAAUGGGUUAAUGACCGUAAUGAAAGGUGGCAUUGUGUCAGAGUCUCAGGAUAUUCGGAUCGCCAAAUUCACCAAUGAGAUGUCGGCCAGGGCUAUUGAUUCACAUAUCAAGUUAGCACAAAUUCAACUUAUUGAUAAUGUUCCAGUCGUUAGGUUAAACCCAAGGACUACCUUGAAGGAUUUCUCUGCUGGGAGCGGUAGCAGAAACUCGGCCGAAGAACACGAAAGACUUGUUUGGGAACUUGCUAGCGUACUGUUCGACAACUUGAAAGUCCCUGCAGAUUUGCAAAACGACCGCAAUGCCUUGGAGAAGCUACGUCGAGAGAACCUAUCUCGAUUCUGGGAGCGCAUGGUGGAGGAUCAGACUAACAAGACAGCUGCGAUGGCAGGCUCAAGCGAGGAAAAGGCAUUGGCUGCUUUAUCUGGUCAUCGAGUCGCUGAAGCUUGCAAGCAUCUUCUUGAUGGCAAAAAUUUCCGCCUGGCCACCUUAGUAUCGCUCAUCGGCUCUAAUGAUGCGGUCAAGAAGGAUAUACGAGAGCAGAUGAAGGAAUGGCAGGAGGCCAAUGUUCUCUCUGAAUUUUCACAGCCGAUUCGCGCACUCUACGAAAUGCUGAGCGGAAAUGUUUGCGCCUCUGAGGGGACCAAAGGAGCACUAGAGAAUCGCACCGAAUCAUUCCUCAUUUCUAAGAGGUUUGGCCUCAACUGGCAGCAGGCUUUUGGUCUGAGGCUAUGGUAUGCAAUCUCUACAGAAGAUAGCAUUGCGGAUGCGGUCGAGAAGUACAAAGAAGAUGUCGAGCAAGAUAAAGAGCUUCCACCUACCACCUGGUUCAUCGAGCACGGCAUCAAGGGCAUCUGGAACGAUCCACAUAGAAACCAGCGAGAAGACCUAAUUUGGGGGUUAUUACGGUUAUACUCUAACCACCAGGUCGAUCUCGAAGCCAUACUGCGUCCCGAAAACUCGCAGCUCUCUCCCCUUGAUUACCGGUUGUGCUGGCAGUUGGGCCAAGCUUUGACUUUUACUGGACGCGCCUCUUUCGGGAAAAACGCCACCGAAAAGACUGAUGCUACUACUAUCUCUCUUGCAGCACAGUUAACGAACGAAGGUAGUUGGCUCGAGGCAGUUUUCGUUCUUCUACACCUUACCAAUCCCGACGCCCGAAGCAAAGCUAUCCAAGAUCAUCUUUGCAGGCAUGCCGGUCUGAUUGGGAACGAAGACUCGAGCAGCUUCAAAAGACUCACGAUAGACUUCAAAAUUCCUAGACAGUGGAUAUGGCAUGCCAAAGCCUUAUUCAUGCGGAGUGUUAAGAAGGAUCCGAGUGCCGAGGUUCAGUGUUUGCUUCGUGCAGAGUCGUGGAUUGAUGCUCACCGCACUUUCAUCAAAGAAGUCGCCCCAAUUACCAUUAUUGAACGCGAUUUCGACGCUCUAGCCAACCUAUUACAACAGUUCGAGGGUCAUCAUGCUCAAGUCAGUCAUUGGAACGUUGGCGGUGAAGUUUACAAGGCGUUCCUACAAUUCUUGGGCUGUCAGCGACGGUCCGAGCAACCACCCCUUAAUAUAGUCAAUGCUCUACUCGAAGGGUUACCAGCGAUGUAUGGCAACACUCCGCAAUCCAGUGUCAUUGAGUACGCUGCCUUGACGGAUAUGGCAGCAGCAGUGGCGAAGGUGGUAGCCAGUUUGGCUAAGGCAGGAGAGAUGGAACACGAACGCAUCUUACAUCUUCCCUUGACGGAAGAUGUCCUAUUGAGACACACACGAGAUCUUGCUUGGUCGCACUAUUCGGCAGUGGUGACCGGUCAUUGAAAUGACUGAGCAGGUCACUGAGGAAGGAAUGUAGCAAAGGUGUUAAGAUUAAACGCAGGGGUAUUAGGCAAAGAAUACUUUGACGAUCGUUUUUCUAUGAGAGACAUGGUUCCUACGAAAAAUAUAGUUCCUAUAGUAGAUAGUUGCUCUUCAUCGCUAGUUGUCUGCAGGACUUUCGUCCGAAGGGAACGGUUGGGGGAUCAGAAAGAAUACCAAUCCAUGGUCGAGAACUACGAUGUACGAAUCGAUUAGCGUCGUAUAGGCGACGAUGCAGAAAGGACGGUGCAGACGGAACUUUGCAUUCAUGUAGCAUAAUAAAGUAGGUAGCAUAAAAUUGCUAAGACUCGGG